UCCCAGAUUUAAAUUUUGAAGCUUCCAACCUGAUUUGCCUUAAGAUUCGUGCCUGAUCAAGAUAAUUUUUUUAAUGAUAUAUCACUUCUAUUGAUCUACCAUGCUGAUCUAUGCACAUUGAAUUAUAGCGGAAUAGACCUCCGCCUAUGUGCAACGCUACCUAAGCAUUUGAUACAAAAGUUAUUGUUAAUGCAACCAAUUAGUCACUGUUUACUUCCUCAUGUUUUUUUUUUAUAUCACUUUAUUGUUCCUUGAUCUACCAUGCUACUGUUAUUAAUGCAACCAAUUAGUCACUCUGUUUACUUCCUCAUGUUUUUUUUUUCUUAUAUCACUUUAUUGCUCCUUGAUAUAUCACUUCUAUUGAUCUACCAUGCUGAUCUAUGCACAUUGAAUUAUAGCGGAAUAGGUCUCCGCCUAUGUGCAACGCUACCUAAGCAUUUGAUACAAAAGUUAUUGGCAGAAUCAAUCCUAUGCUUAGAUUGCUUCAGUGAUGCAAAAUUUAUCACGGGUCACUCAAGCUUAGAUUUUGUAAGAAUGGACUCCAAGAAAGAUUUUACAGAUGUAGAUGGGGAUAGUUGGACAGAUCAAGAAACUUUAUUGCUCCUUGAGGCUAUAGAGAAAUAUAGUGAUAACUGGAAUGAAAUUGCCAAGCAUGUCGGUACCAAGUCAAAAGCACAAUGCAUUCUUCAUUUUAUUGCUCUUCCUAUGGAGUAUGGAUUGCUUGAAAAUAUUGAUGUUCCAAGAGUAGAUGUUUCUACUGUUUCAUCUGAGGUACAGAAUAAUGGAUUCUCCAGUUCAACUUCUAAAAGUAAUGCGGCAUCUUCAGAACCCGAUUCUGGAGAUCAACUUCCCUUUCUUAGUUCUGCAAACCCUGUUAUGUCCCUGGUUGCUUUUUUGGCUUCAGCGAUUGGACCAAGGGUUGCCGCUUCCUUUGCUAGUGCAGCAUUGUCAGUCAUUACUAAAGAAGAUUCCAGGCUGAAUUCAGAGAGUGUUCGUGAUAUAGUUGGUUCACAGGGAGCUAGUAUAAACUCAGUUAAACAAAAGGAUGAUAAUAUUGAAGAUCAAGCUUCAAAUUCUCUUUCUUGCGAGCAUGUGAGGUAUGCUGCUUUGUGUGGCCUUUCUGCUGCGGCAAUGAAGACAAAACUAUUUUCAGAUCAGGAGGAACGUGAAGUGCAGAGGCUGGCUGCAAAUAUUAUUAGUCACCAGCAGUUAAAGAGAUUGGAGCUGAAGCUAAAACAAUUUGCAGAGGUGGAAACAUUUUUAUUGAAGGAAUGUGAACAGGCGGAGAGAACGAGGCAAAGGAUUUCAGCAGAGCGCGUGCGGCUCAUGUCCGCCUGCUUUGCACCGCCGGGUGCUUCUACACUGGCAGGUUCAUUAGCAGGAUCCACUGGUAUGGCAGGUUCAGUAGCAGCAUCAACUGGGAAUUUAAGCCUCAGACCAACAGCAAUGCCGGUCACCAGCGGGCAGGGAAACCUUACUCCUGUUUAUGGGAACAGUUUGCCCCAUCCUCACUCACAGUUUAUGCAACGACAGCAAAUGUAUUCUUUUGGGCCGAGGCUUCCUCUCUCUGCUAUCCAUCCACCCUCGUCAGGAUCUUCUCAAAAUGCAAUAUUCAAUUCUGGUAUGCCAAACACAUCCACUCAUCAUACCCUCUCUAGAUCAUCUUCUGGUAAUAAUUCAAACAUUGGUUGAGUUAAAAUUUUCAAAAUGGAAGUAUUUGACAAUGUAAUUUAUCGCAUUUCUCACUUUCCUUGUGUUGCAAGUACUGAAUAAAAAUUGAUAAAUCAAUAUUUAGGAUGCUAGAAAUUGCCCAUUUGAAAGCAAGGCCAAUUUCAAGAUCAUUUUGGAUU